GAGCUGGGCUAUUCGCAUGAGAACCUACGCCAUGUGGUGAUCACUGCGACCAGCUUUGCUCUUGUGUUAUCGACAGUAUCGUUGAUUUUACGAUUGCUGUGUAGACAGAUUACCAGGACCAAAUGGUUUCUCGACGACUACUUGAUGAUCAUAGCAGUGAUCUUUGAGUAUGGGAUAUCUUUCGCGGGGGUCAUCCUCCUGUAUAAUGGCCUUGGAAUGCACAUGCAAUAUGUAAAUAACGAAGACCUGAUUGUCUAUCUCAAAGUCCUUUCUACUGGGACAUUCCUCUACACCCUUUGCAUCACUUUUGUCAAACUUUCAAUCCUAGCGCUUUACAAACGCCUCUUCUCGAUCCGGCCUAUGGUCCUGAGCGUACACAUUGUCGCAGCCAUUGUCAUCUUCUGGUGCUACGGCGUUUGUAUAGUUGGUGCAUUUAUCUGUAUUCCUCUGCGGAAAUUAUGGAGCCCUACUACUCCCGGCGGUUGCAUCGAUCUUGCAAAGUUUUACUACGGGCUACAAAUCCCAAAUAUCGUGACGGACGCCCUGAUUCUCGUGAUGCCUAUGCGUGUGGUGUGGAAUCUACAAGUUCCCAAGGUGCAGAAGAUCAUGCUUUCGGGGGUUUUUAUGCUGGGAUUUUUAACUCUCAUCUUCGAUAUCAUCCGCUUGGUUGCACUAGUUGAGCUCUCAAAAGCGGGCAACGACAUCACAUAUAACCAAGUCCCAGCGAGUGUGUGGACAUGCAUUGAGCCUGCAGUUGGGAUCACCGCCGCCUGCCUUUCUAAUAUGCGCCCGCUGUUC